GAUUCGUUGACGAGUCACGAGAUCCGAGUCCUGCUGCCUCUGCAGGCAUUCGGCCAUGGAGUGGUUAUGAGGAACAGGAGCAGAGCUGACGAACAGAUCUAACAAACCACCGUAUUUCGACACAUUUUCAUCCUUCAGGUUGUACCAAGAUAAUCCAAAAACGCAGCCAUGUCUGACUACACUGACUCUAUGAAUGAUGUCUCCAGUGACAGUUUUUGGGAGGUUGGGAAUUACAAACGGGCUGUAAAGCGGGUGGACGACGGGAAUCGUCUGUGUAAUGACAUAAUGAACUGUAUUCAUGAGCGAGCUCGCAUCGAAAAGGCAUACGCACAGCAAUUGACUGAAUGGGCCAAGCGUUGGAGACAACUAAUAGACAAAGGACCUCAGUAUGGGACAGUGGAGCGGGCCUGGUGUGCCCUGAUGACAGAAGCGGAGAAGGUCAGUGAUCUCCACAUGGAGAUAAAGGGUGUGCUCAUGGCUGAGGACUUUGAAAAAGUGAAAAACUGGCAGAAAGAUGCCUAUCACAAGCAGAUGAUCGGAGGGUUCAAGGAAACCAAAGAGGCAGAGGAUGGCUAUCGCAAAGCUCAAAAACCUUGGGCCAAGAAACUUAAAGAGGUGGACACAAUGAAGAAGGCCUACCACACAGCCUGCAAGGAAGAGAAGUUGGCCACAAGCAGGGAGAACAGCAGCAAGAUGGAGAGCAACAAUCCAGAGGCCCAGAAAAAGCUGCAAGACAAAGUAGAGAAGUGCCAGCAGGAUGUCCAAAAGACUAAGGAGCGCUAUGAGAAGGCCCUGGAUGACUUGGAUAAGGUUACACCUCAGUACAUGGAGAACAUGGAGCAGGUGUUUGAACAGUGGCAGCAGUUUGAGGACAACAGACUGCAAUUUUUCAAAGAGGUCCUGCUGGAGGUCAAACAGCACCUUGACUUAGCUUCCAAUCAUAAGUUCCAGGAUGUGUAUCGGACACUGGAGGACACGAUCCAGGCAGCGGACACUGAGGAAGAUCUGAAAUGGUUCCGUGCUAAUCAUGGUCCGGGGAUGCCUAUGAACUGGCCUCAGUUUGAGGAGUGGUCUGUAGACUUAAACCGAACGCUGAGUCGGAGAGAAAAAAAGAAGCCAAGCGAUGAAGUAAUGCUUACAGGCAUCAGUCAAAUGGGAGAACGAGCAGCCAAGACCAGUAACAGCUUGACUGUGCCGAGUAGCACAGAACCGGUGGGCUUAAACCCAUUUGACGAUGAGGAAGACGAAGAGGAAAUGCCAGCAGAGCAGCCCAACAGAAGCCCAGCCAGUGUGAAAAAAGAGGAAGUUGUUGCCAAAAUUACCAGCAAUGUGGAGAAGACACAGGAUUGCUCAGACGAGGAGACAGGGAACCCCUUUGCAGCAGACACUAAUGAAAACGGAAAUCCCUUUGAGAAGGAGCCAGGUUCUCCCAAAGUUUCUGUUCCUGUCCGAGCGCUCUAUGACUACGAGGGCCAGGAGCAGGACGAGCUAAGUUUCAAAGCAGGUGAUGAAUUUAUUAAAAUCGGAGAGGAGGACGAGCAGGGGUGGUGCAAAGGACGUCUGAAAGACGGCCACGUUGGACUCUACCCAGCUAAUUAUGUGGAGGACAUUCAGUGACCAGAAAAAAAUAAAACGAGUGGAGAGGAAUAAAGCUACACCCGAGAGGAGAAGAAAGAAGGGGAGUGGUUAUUACUGAGGAUGAGAAGCUGCUCGUUAUUGCCCCCUUGUGGUGGAGGCUGGACCAACCGCUGCAAUAAUCCAAAAUGUCUUUCCACUCCAAUUUGAUCAAUUCCUCCUUUUUUUUUGGAGAUUUAGGAGCAGAUACCAUGCCACGAUCUUAUCAUAAAUGCUUUACAAAUAGGCUGUAAAAAAAAACAAAAAAACAAAAACAGAUCUUCACAAAAGGGCAGCUAAACAUGCUGUAUUUUAAUUACUUAUAUAAAACACAUAUCAUUUAACAUUCGAUCUAUGCUGAAAACUGUAAGUAGUCACUGACUGUAGUUUACACAUAACAAGUCUGGUCCAAAUUCUGAUUCUAAAGGCAACACAAAGGCAUCUUGAGGCACAUUUCACAGGUUCCUGCUUUUCUCUGUUGCUUUUAUUUUGUUUAAGGGCAGGAAAACCUGCUCCGUUAAUAAUAAACUUUUUGUCCUCCGAACAUUGGUAUGUUUCCAUACAUUUAUAAAAGCUAUAUUUUGCUUAACUGCCUAAUCGCCAAGACAUGCAAAAUAUAUAGCGACAUUGUUGCCAUUUACUGUAUGUUGGACAUUUUCAGAGUAUAGUAAUUUUUCUAUAGUUUUCUGCAGUGAUGCCACAGAGGAAGUCUAGAUGUUUUAUUAUCCAAUCAGAUUUUACUACUUUUACAAAAUGGAUGGAUGGAUUUUUUUUUUAUUUUUGGAAUAGUUAGUCUUGACGUUGAGCUAAGCUAAAAUAAAAAAAGCCAGGUUUUAUGGUGGAUUAGUUUUUCAGGGAAGAGCUAAAGUGGCCAUUGUCACAGGUGAAUCUUUUGCUGUUCACUUUCAUUGAUGUUAAAGUUGGGAUCUUUUCACUUCUCCCAUUAAAACAGUUUAUUUCUUAUUUUGCUCCAUAGUUCAGUAUCAAAUAGUUUUAUUUUGUUCUUGGGGAAGUUCUCUCACUUGAAUUUGUCAGCUUUAUUUUCAACCUGCACUGGACAGUACACAGAAGAAAAUUUGUUAUUCUUUAGUUCAAACUUGUUACAGACACAUGAUGUUCACUCACAUUAAAUAUUUUACAUUGAGAGGGAGAGAUAUUCAAGGAAACAAUGCAGCAGGGUUAAAGUAUUUGUGCAUGUACAAUACAAUGAACAAGAUAAGCAUUUUUAAAUUUGAUCUUGAUCUUGGGAUAGACAAUAUAUGUUUAAAAUUUAGACUUUUUUUCAGACUAAUUUAUGAAAUGCCAUAAGUGCUUCAGCUCCUGGAUAAAUGCUGUGAUUCAGAAUCAGAAUGUAUAUUAAGCAUUUAUAGAAUUUGAAUGUUAUGAAUUUAUUUUGUUACCUGUAUUAUAUGAAUUUAAUUCCAUGCUUGCAGAUGGUUAUUUAGACACACUGUUAUCAAUAUAGUUAUUUUCUUUUUAGUGUGUUUUGAGUUUGGAAUUGGUAUUCUCAUCACCAUCUGCCCAGUAAUGGCUGUGCCCCAUUAACACCAUCUCAUAAGAGUUCAUUAAUUUUUAUUGUAUCAGCGGUUUGUUGCAAUUAUUGAGAAGUGGUGUAAGAUCUUUAGGGGUUUGGCAUGUAAAAUUGCAGCUGUGUUUAUACAGUACACUGUUAAAUGUGUCACCUUGGCAGAUGGCAAAUAAAUGGUUUCAACUAAAA